UAGGAAAAAGUUGGAAGGGGCUGUGAAAGAGUGGCUCGACGACGAGGAUUUAUAUUAUCGUAUUUUUGGCGAAGAAGAGGAAACAGGGGAAACAGAAGGGCAAGAGGAGGAUGUGGACGUUGAUAAUGAAACUGAUGAACUUCAGGAUGAUCUGCUUUAUUUAGAGGAAUGGAAAAAGGCCAUGACGAGGCAUGAGGAGCAGCAUAGGAUGACAGCAGAGUCGUGCCCCGCAGGUACCCUUGUUCUUUACCGACGUGGAGUAUACCGAUCGGACUGGUGGCCUGGUGAAAUUCUCGGUGUCGCUGAAUUUAAACCCAUUCCACAAGCGAAGAAGCGAAAAGGAUUGGUUUCUGCUCUCUGUGCGCUCGAGGUUCUCCCCGCUCACUCAUUCAAGAUCAUGAAUUUUGAAGGGAAGCACCUUACAGCUACCAAGGAGUACUUUUAUACCAUGUUUGAAAAUGGAUUCUAUGAGGUGCCGCUGGGCAGGAUUAAACCAGUCAUGCGUCGUGGAUCCCAACAUCCCUCUUCGCAACCUCCUCGGGAACCAACCUUCCCAGCGCCAACCUAUGGGACCUUUGAUGGUACUCCAAUCUCUCAUCUCCUUCCUUACGUGCUUCCCAUCAUGAAACUCAUCAUCAAAGAUCUAUAUAUGCCUAUUCGGGAAACGGAAGUCCUGGUGGAUGAAAUUGCGAGGAUUCUUUUGGGGGUGGGGAAGGCGCGAGAAGAUCUUCUCUGUGAGGAUGCUGGGGGUGGUGGAAGUGGAGAUGAAGAUAGUAGUAAUGACGACAAGAUCCUAGGGAAACAGACUGGUGAAAAGCAUUCGGCUGAAUGGUCACAGGAGGAUAAGAGGCAAGGAGAACCAGCAGCACCUUCUUCCUCUCUGGCCACCCGUUGGACGCAACCCUCCAGUGAGUCAUAUGAUGAGUCUCAUCAGAGCAGUCGUACCUGUAUCGACGGAUUGUCGAGUGUGAGUAUGGAGGUUGAUGUUGGAGUGAAUGAUGAUGGAAUGACCCCUGACUCUGUGGUGGGGACACGCCCUUCGUUGGUACCGGGAGAGCGGACUACUGCUUCUAGCCUGCCAAACACAUCGCGGAUUAUCGGAUCGCUUAGAUACGAGCAAUUGACGGAUGUUGCUAGACACCAGUUCGUAGUGGAUAUCGUUGUGAAAGAAGUCAUUAUACAGUUGUACCUCUGGCGUGAGAACAUCCGUACGUCACUACAAACCUUGAACGAUGACGAGGAGAAUGCUCUUCGGGAGCAAGGUAUCGCUCUUCGGGACACGAAGGUUCCGUUUGAUUUAUAUACACAAGCUAAGGCUAUCCGCGAAAUAAGGAACGCUACUAAAGCACCUCCGGUUCCCAAUGGAGACACCGGACUUCUGCCUGGUACCAGCGGGUCUUUGGCCGAAGGGAGAUCGUCUCGAAUUUUACGGAAAAGGAAUUGACUCGCACUUUCUCCUACGUCACGAGUGUUAUACGCAAAUGCUUAGUGUUGGCCUGCCAUAUUUCUUUAUUUUCUCAUGCGUAUUUUUACUCUAUCAGCUAGGGACAUGCUUUGAUUGGACAAUGUUCGGGCGCAACCCGUUCUUGUGCAACUCUAUCUGUUUCUGUUUGGCGUUCUGGAUCCCAAUCGUAUUCCUUUCACCUUCACUGAGCCAGAAUCGCGCGUUUCUUCGUUCGAUACAAAUGGUUUCCAAUGCAUGAAGUACUCCAAAAAUGAGUAGACACCAUUACACAGGCAGCUGACGCAAAUUGAUAUUCGGAAU